GAAGCUUAACUAAUAUUCUCAAAAUUGGCAAAACAAAAGCUAAUCAGUCCAUACCUUAGAACAUUAAUAAUCUAUCUACUGUAUCUAUAUUCUAAGGUCCAUACACCUGGUUUUUAGACAUCUUACUUAGUAAUUCGCAAGUUCAUUUCUGAAAAUGCCUGUUAUAUGCAAAUUUUGUGAAAAAGUCUUCAGCAAUCAAUCUAACCACAAUCGACAUAUUAACGAAGUGCAUAAUGAAGUUGCAGAGCCAAUGCCAAUAUCUUAUGAAAGGAAUACUGUUUGGAUUAGCCAUUGUCCGGAACCAAACUGCAAUAGAUCGUUUUCUAACAACAAAAAUCUAAUGCAACAUUUACAUAAUGACCACUCAAUGAACUUUGUGACAGUCUUAUAUAUUCAAGAAUACUAAUGAUUUUGAGAACUGGAAGACAAACAUUGAAGUUACUAAUGGUUGUUAUAUUCUAAAAAGUAAAUAUGCUAGUACUAUCGGUGAAGUAAUAUAUUAUAAAUGUAACAGAAGUAAAACAAACUAUAUAGUGUUAAAGAUGUUGAUCAAAGGAGUAGAUUGUUGAAGUUGCACAAGUGCAUUGAAGGUUACUAUAUGGAGAGUAAUAAAAUCACAGUAGAGUGGCAAGAAAGUCCAUUAUGGACAUACCUUAGAAUUGCAACAUGUUAGAUUGUCAAAACCAGAUAAGCAGAGUAUUGCUACUAAAAUGGUGAAUGGUGUUACAAAUCAAAGGAUUCUUGAAUCGACUCGGGAUAGAAUUGGAGAGCAUUUGAGAAGAAUUGAUUUGCUAACAUCAAGAGAUUUACGAAAUAUAGAAAAUAGCUGCAGUCUUGAACUGAGAAACGGAAAACGAGAUCCUAAUGACGCAUUUUCUAUUGCUCUUUGGGUUGAGGAAUGUGAAAAACUUCAACAAAAUCCUAUUUUAUUUUAUAAACAGCAAGGAAAAGAGCAUAGUAUAUUGAAAGAUGAUGAUUUUUGUAUCAUUGUUAUGAAUACCUUUCAAAAACAAAUGAUUAGAAAAUUUCCACGUAUAAUUACUAUUGACAGUACACAUGGUUUGAAUGGUUAUGAUUUUCAAAUGACAACAAUAAUGGUACUAGACGAUUUUCACCACGGUUUCCCACUGGCUGAAAUGUUUUCCAAUAGAAAGGAUACAGUAGUUUAUAGAUUAUUUUUUACAGAAGUUAGGGAGGAAGUAGGUGUUGUGUUUUCUAAGUUUUUCAUGUCAGAUAUGGCUGAAUGCUUUUUUAAUGGUUGGCUUGAGGUGAUGGGUGAAGGGAAUGCAUCUUAUCCACAACAUUUGUUUUGCUCAUGGCAUGUUGAUCAUGCAUGGCAAAGUAAUUUAACUAAAAUUUCUGACAGAGAGAAGCGUUCAGAAAUUUAUAAAAUUUUGAAAAAUUUGCAACAAGAAACACCAAUGUUACAAUUCACUUCUGCUUUGACUAAUGCUUUAGCUUACAUUUGCAAUAAUGAAAAAACGAGAAAUUUUGGAGAAUAUUUUAAAAAAAAUUAUGCUCAUAAUUUCAGGAAGUGGGCUUAUUGUUUCAGGGUUGAAGCAGGAAUCAAUACAAAUAUGCACUUGGAGUCAAUGCAUAAAGUCAUAAAAUACUUUUACCUGGAAAGGAAGACAGUAAAACGACUUGAUAAGGGAUUGAAUGCUGAGUUGAAAUUUGUGAGAGAUAAAAGUGUUGAAAGAAUAAUUAGAUUGACUAAAGGUGAACAUACGAAGCAAACAAGAUUUUUAUCUCAGAAUCACAAGGAAGUUCUCUAACACAUUGAUAAUUAUAUUAUUGAAACAAAUAUUUAUAAUAUUAGUUGGAAUAUUUUGAAAAAUGAAUAAACUUCAUAUAUUAUUUACCGAUUAUUAGAUAUAAAAUGUUGUGAGUAAAUAUGCUUGUUUUGUAAAGUAUGUACUCACAUGUUUUCAUGUGAAUGCAAAUUUUAUUUGGAAAACAGGACUAUGUGUAGACACAUUCAUAUGCUAAUAAAUAAGCUUCAAACUGAAAAUAAAUUGGAACCUGUUCCUGACUUCAGAGUAGUUAAUAUAUCCAAAGGACUGUUAGCGUUGUCUGAAAAUCCAAAUUCCUCUAAUAAAAAAAUUAAGGAUAUAAAAGACUUAGCUUCCAAAUUUGAGAGUUUAGACUUUGAAAUGUUUGAUGAUGAAACUAUCAACAAAAUUCAUCACCACCUAAUAAUUGGAAAAAAUAUAACGAGUUGUUCUAAUUUUCCAAAUGACAAUACCAAGUUUCAAUUAAGAAAUGAAUAAAAUCAAAGAACAGACUCAAAAGACCAACAUUACAGGAAAUUUAAGCCGUGCCUCUGAAGAUUCAUUUCUCUAUAAAUCGCUAGAACCACUCAAUGCCCAUCAAUAUUGUUGAAUUACUUGAUUGGAUAUGUAAUGUUAUCAGUCUGACAUUUUUUUGAAAUAAAUACUAUUUGUGAUUUGCA